CUUGAGGAAAAAUGUGCUAAUAAGCCGUUUGUGUAUCAGUCACACCUGUGCUGUCACCGUUUUAUAACAUGGUUUGCUACACUUUUAAUUAAUAUUAUCACCAGGUGAAACGUUAUAACUGUUUUUUGGCUUUAUGCUUUGUUGAAACGCAUUUAUUCUAUUCAUUUGUUACAUUUACAUAAAAAUAGGGUAGAAAAUGCACACUGCACCUGCAAAUUGUGCAUGGUCUGUGCACGUGCCUUGUACAUUUCUAAUUAUUCCCUAUGCCUUUUAACUUCUUUAUUUUUUCUUUUAUAUAAAGAGUCCCAGUCUGGUCAUUUUAUAUGCACACAGUCUGUAGUGUGGUGUUCUGUUCUGUGCUAUUUCUACUCUUAAUACAAGUAGCAAUUCUCUCUGGAUCAAUAAAGUAUCCAUCCAUCCAUCUAUUCAUCCAUCUAUUCAUCCAAUACUCCUAGACAGAAUAAUAUUUGCUAAUUAAUCCUCCUAGACAGAAUCAUUUGCUAAUUGCAUAACGUGUUUAAUCCUUUAGGCUGAAAUGCAUGUGAAUUAGGCAGUCGUUUCUGGAAGUUUUAAUCAAAUCAGAGUCAUUUAUCUCAGGUCCAGGUAGUCAGGCUCACUGCAGUGUUCAGGCUGUGCCCAAAUAAAGUCGCAUUCUGUUUUCUGAAAAGCAUUCAUCCCCAUGACCUUUGCUGAAUAUCAGAGCUGUUGUUUCAAAAUGUCACUGUGGAUGUUUGUGCGGCAUGUCUGCGCUCUGUGUUUUGACAGCAGAAUAGCUGGAAAGUUAGAGAUUUGCACAUAGACAGAAUAGCUGUUUGACUGAAUCUGUAAUUGCACGAGUUGUUUAGAUGCCCAAUUCAGCAACUGUUAGUACAUGAUUAGUGACUGCAGAUACAUUUAGUGUUCAUUAGUGUUAUUGGGUUGUUGUCAGGUGAGUUUAUAGUUGCAGACUGCUUACUCUGUUGCACAGUAUUAUUAUUGCAUGCAUAACAAACAGCAUAUAUGCUGUAGUUAUAUUUCAUUUAGAACCCAGGAAAAGGAUAAAGUUUAUUAUGGUAAUAAGGUGGUAAAAGUCCCUGUUUGAUAGACCCUGUUUCCAAGUCUUUAAAUCAUGUCUUGAAUUGGGAGUGCACAAAUGUGAUUUAUGUCGCUGCGCCCUUUGCGAUAGCAAGAUUGAACCUUUUAUUAGCUUCACGCGCUGUUACAAAUGAAAAGGGGUCGGCAAGGUAACAAAGGGUUGACGUCAUGGAUCGCAUCCGGCCGCAUGACUUUCCUCGCGUGAAGCCCCGCCUCUUUUCCACGAAGCCGCCAAUGGAAUUGGCCUAACGCACUUCCGCGUCUGACCGUGGUCCAAUCGGAGUGCGAGUAGUGUGAAACUUCCGCGUUGAUGUAAACGUGUGGGCCGAGUUAAGCGACUGAAGUAGCAGUGCAAUAGUCGCUGUUGCCUGUGUGCUGCCGACCGGAUCCAGUUUAGCUGCCUGCUCCGCUGUGGACGUGCGGAUUUCCACCUCUUUCUGCUGCCACACUUUGGGAUUUUAAUCAUGCAUCCGAGUCCGGUGGAUCUUUGCUGAAUACACAAAUCAUCUCUUCGUCGAAUGUCACCCGUCUGUAAUUGGAUGGUGGGUGUGAGGAGGAGUGUGUGUCCCAUGUUGCACUAGGAGUGUGAGUGUGUGUGUGAGAUGCUGGCCUGUUUGCCAGGGCCAGGUGACCUCUCCCUCCAGCUUCUUCCCCACUCGCAGAUGAACACUGGACUUCAGAAAUGGGACACUACACAGAGGAUGAGAUCAGCCCAGUAUCCGACCCCUGCGGAGCUGGACGCUUAUGCUAAGAAGGUGGCCAACAGCCCGCUGACGAUUAAAAUCUUUCCUAACAGCGUCAAGGUCCCACAGCGCAACCACGUGCGGCGCACUGUCAACGGUUUGGACGCGGGUGGAGCACGCUACAGUCCCUAUCCCCCUUCACAGUCUGCGGCCAAGGCCGGCCUCCUGGCCAUUGUCAAGGCACCCAUCACCAAGGGCAUCAUCAAAGACUUCACCGGUACACGUGUGACGAUGAGCGCCCCUGGAAGUGGGUAUGGCCCGGCACCAAGCACUUUAACCCUUCAGCAUGCACCACAGCAGCUUCAGAGACCCCCACAACAUCAGCAAGGCCUCCCACAACACAGUCAGAGUCUCCAGCCCCUCCAGCAGCAACAGCAACACCAGGGACUUGGGCUUCAUGCACCCUCAGCAAUGCCCCAGCACCCACAGGGCAUGGGCAGGACACAGCCUCUUUCCCACCCCCCUCCUCUUGGUCACCCAGGUCCACAACCUCCACCUGCUCUCUUGCUUCAGCAACAGCAGCAGCACCUCCAACAGCCUCCUCCGGGCCUGCAAGGUGGCACAAGAAAACUCACGGAUGCCGAUGCCCCUCCCAAUGUGACUGUUUCUACCUCAACCAUUCCUCUCUCAAUGGCUGGCACCCUGCACCAGGGCCGCCAAGCUGAUCUGAGCACCAUUGUGCACCAGAUUAACCAGUUCUGCCAGGCUCGGGCCCAGGGUGCCGGGGCCACAUCCAUGUGUGAGGGCCAAAUCGCAAACCCAAGCCCCAUCAGCCGCAACUUGCUCAUCAAUGCCAGCUCCCGGGUGGCCAUGCACAGUGGGCAUUCCAGUGCUGUACCUCCAGGCCUCGGACACUCUUCUUGCACCAUUGGAGCACCAGAUAAAUCAGUAGGCACUGGAGUGCCUCUGCACAACAUGGGUGCCAUAAACAGGAUGGCUGUGUAUCACAACGAUUUGAAGCAGCAGCAUCUGCAGCACCAACAGAACCCCCAACAGCAUCCGAUUUGCCACCAACAGCAUCAGCAGAUGAUGUCAUGGAACCAGCAUCAGCUUGCCCACCUGCAGCAUGUAUCAGACGGGGCUGGGCACCCUUGCAAAACCGCUACUCGGGACCCAGGCUUCCCUUGUAAAGGUAUGAACUACCCGCCUGAGCUGUGUGUAGGGCAGACUUACAACCUCAAACCCCCCAUGGAUAAGCCAACGCCUUCGCCUCCAGUUGUCAACAACACCAUGCCACCUGGCACUGUUGCUCACUACGCCAAUGGCCAGUACUACCACCAGGUGCCUGUGUGGGGUAGUAUUCUCCCAACACCCAACAGCGAUAGUUCCGGCUCACAGGAGUUGCCUGCACCCUUCCACGGUCCGACAGGCAAUGGAACGGGUUGUACCAACCCCACCCCAGGGGUGGACUGCGCCCCCACGGGAGCAACGGCGCAUUAUCGACCGGCAGGAGUGGCUGGGGGAGCCACAGUGGGGCAGACUAAUCUGAUGCAAACAGCAGAUUACAUGGGAGGGGACUUCCAGACGCCCUGCUUCCGAGAUCAAAAUCUGGGCCUGAUCGGGAAGAUGCCCAGGCCUCCCCCCAUGGCCCAUGGCCAGCACCCAGGGUACAGAUAAGCUUCGACACAGGAUCUGCUCACCACCUCGGUCCAUUUCAGAUAGCCACACAAAAUCAUCUAUUCUGUCUUAAAAUUACUUAAUAGGAGGAAAAGCAUUACAACGCAUCAGUUCACAUUAACAAUUCAGACAGCAAACAGAAAGUGAUCACUGAAAACUGAAAAACAUUUUAAAAAAGCAGUGUUUUCACUAUUUUUUUUUCCUUUUCUUUUAAUCAUUCUUGCAAGUGAUCAAUUUUUUAAAGGAUUAAGCCCAUUUACUUUUGGUUAUUGGUUUCACUUGGUUUCACUUGGUUUCUCCCAGAUCACUGUGUGACACGUCUUCUAGGCAUAGAAAUACAGUCUGAAAGAUCACAUGAUGUCCUUAAAACAUCAUGAAUGGCCGACUCCCUUUCUUGCCAGGGGUCUAUGGUUCAGCUGUAAGUUGAAUAACCUCAGUAAUGCACUGUUCAGGAAGAUAAUGUUUUUUUAAUUUCCUUUUUUUUUUCUAGAUCUGGCCUGUGUCUGUUUGGUCUCCAGAUUUCUCACUAAAUUGUUAGACAACAUAGAUCUUUUUUAGAGGGCUUCAUCCUCUUCUCUACAUUAAUUUAUUAAUCUGUGAAUGGGAUGCUAGUUUGUAAUUGACAACAUGAUUUCGACAGGAUAACAUGUAUAUCAGUGAAGUUCUCUCAGUCGCAUAUCAAGUCAGUCUGGCUGGGCUUAAUAUGACCGAAGCAUAAUUUAUGUAUCAAUUACAGUCAAAAGUGCUGCGACAAAUCAGGUGGCUUAACUGAUGUCUUAACUCGUGUAGAUUAAUGAAGUAGGCAGCAUGAUUGUGGAGUUCUUAUUUUCUUAAAAAGCCAAUGUGGGCUGAAGUAAAAGAAGAAGAAAAAAAACGACCUGCCAGAAAACAUUGAGCUUCAAGGGGUGCCAUUGUACUUCUGCUUCAUUUUCUUAAGAUAUGAAAACAUACUUGAAUCCUAGAGAUGGGCUGUUCUCUUGUUAGACGGUUUGUAAUAAAGUUAGCGGGACUAAACUUACUACUGGAGAAGAUUGUGUAUUGUGGAUUGUUACUAAUAUGGUUUAGAGACUAACUACAAACCAAAUUGAGAUUAUUUGAUCCUACAUUUUUCUCAUGUAUCUGUUGAAAUAACUUCAGUUUAGGAGUUGCUACUGAUGCUCUAAUGACAUGUGCUUGAAUAGACCAAAUUGAUCACUUGCAAGAUUGCUUGUGGGUAAAUCAAGGAGGACUUUAAGUCAAAGGUGAAACAGCAGAUUAAUUAUUUUAUUGUACACUGGCUAAUCUGCUAUACUACUGUAACUUUUAAGAAGUGUAAUGACUGUGUGAAUGUUGGAUGGUUUGUGUGGGGAUGGUUUUAGUGGGUGAGUGUGAGUAAUGGGUGGGUGAGUGUGAGUUGUUGGUGGGUGUGUGUUGGUGGCUAGGGGUAUGUGUGUGUGUGUGUGUGUGUGUGUGUGUGUGUGUCUUGGUUGGUUGGUGGAUUCGCCAUCACCCACACUCUGCUUGCCUCCCUCUGGAACAGCCCUUAUAAAGCCUUAAGUAUUUGGUCCUUGGACUUUCCUUUGAAAACAAGCAUGGUUAUUAUGAAACCUAUAAUAUUGAUAAUUAUGAAAACUUCAAAAAGACUAUAAAGGAACAGCAAUUUUUUCCUUGUUUAUUUUUAUUAACUAAAGCUUUUGUUGAAUAGAAAAGCAAUUCCUUAGGAUUACUUUGCAACAAAAACAAAGAAAAAAGAAUAAUAUUUUAUUGUAAUUAUGUUUUAUAGCUAUGUGUAGUUCUGGGCUGUAACAAAAAUCUUUUUAUUCCAAGUUUCAAAGCUUCAGUUUUGCAAUUUGUGACUAUUUAUAAUUAUAAACUUUUUUUCCUCAUUAUUUAAAUUUUUUUUUUUUUUUUUUUUUUUUUUUUUUUUUUUUUUUUGCUAUAGCUGUGAAAUGAAGAGUCUAGAAGACUUUCUCAUAUCUGUCACUCUGUGGCUGUUGAGUGAAUGAGCGAAAACUACAGAGUGUGUGUGGAGAGUUGUGCUACUCUUUUUGUAAUAUUGUAAUAAUAAAAUAAAGUUCUAAUUUAUGCUUUGAAAUCUGCCUUCUCCUUCUUAUACACCACAUCACUUUGGUCUCUCAACAUAGAUUGCACGUUUGAAGUCUGGUCUGUGUGUAGUCUCGUUGUUGCACACCCUUUUGUUUUCCGAAGCCACGUCCCAGACAGCACCUGUGCAGGAAAUGUGAUUCAGCUUCUGACCAAAUUCUGCACGUGGCUUUGAAAUACACUUUCUUUUCUUUUUUCAUAUAAUACGAACUGACUUGUAGCCACUGAUGCACGAAAUCCCACGAUUCACUGCACUGAGAAAACAGUCGGAAAUGAGUAUGAUGAAGCUCAGGCGCUGUGUGUGUGUGUGUAAGCAGCUGUGGGUUCUUACUGGACACCAUAAAAAAACAUUUACAAGGAUUAUGAAUACACUGCUCGGAGUUGGACAGGAAGUCCUCAGCUGAUGAUCAGAAGUGUCCAGCUGCCCUAAAACCAACACUGUAGAUUCAAUAGAGAUUUUACUUUGUGUAGGUAGUAAAAUGAGGGAGAUGAUUCAUACAUACUGUAUUAACCACAUCAGUAACUGCUGUUUCUUUACAGCUCAUUUAUGAAACUCAAAGGCUGCUUUCUAAUAUUUUUUUUCAGCACUUCUCAUCAUUUUGCCUUCAUAAGGGCUUUUACUACUUAAUUAGUGAAGUGAAGUUUGUUGGAUGAACCUGUCCACUUGUACAGCUGUGAACUCCAGGAGCAGAACUUAUCCAGAAGUUUUUGCUGCUUAAGGUAAUUUCUCUCUUAAAAAAUCUACAAAGGCUGUGUUUAAAAACAGGACAACAAAAGAAGUUGAUUAUUUCCCUGUACCAACAUGUCUUGAACCCAACGAUUAGGUUUUAAUUUUUAAAUGUCAGUCACGUCAUUUUUAAAAAAAAAAAUUUUCUUGUAUUAGUCUAUAGUUAUAUUUAAUGUUGUGGAACAUCUGCAAAACUUACACUGAUUAGCCAUCAAGUUAAAAUCACCUGCCUAAUAUUGUGUAGAUCCCACUUGUGCCACCAAUACAGCUCUGACCCGUCGAGGCAUGGAUUCCACAAGACCUCUGGAAGUGUGCUUCGGUAUCUGGCAACCAGACUUUAACAGCAGAUCCUUUAAAUCCUGUAAGUUGGGAUGUGGGGCCUCCGUUGAUCAGAUUUGUUUGUCCAGUACAUCCAACAGAUGCUCGAUCUGACUGAGAUCUCGUGAAUUUGUGGGUCAAGACAACACCUUGAAAUAUUUGUCAUGUUCCUCAAACCAUCCCUCAACAAUUUUUGCAGUGUGGACAGCCACAAUAUCUUGCUGAAAGAGGCCACUGCCCUUAGGGAAUUUGGGUACCCGUUAUCCUGAUGUCGGUUCACCUUUCCUUGGAACACUUUUAGCUUGUACUAACCACUCCAUGCCCCCACCCCACAAGACCUGCUGUUUUGAAGAUGCCCUGACCCAGUCAUCUAACCAUCACAAUAGCCUUUGUUAAAGUUGCUCAGAUCCUUAAGUUUGCCUAUUUUUCCUGCUUUCAACACAUCAACUUCGAGAACUGACUGUUCACCUACUGCCUAAUAUAUCCCACCCCUUGACAUGUGCCAUUGUAAAGAAAUAAGACCAAAAAAAUGCAGCUUGUAAGGGUCCUCUGUCCGGAAGUCUUCCCACCCAUGGAGGAAAACACUAACUGUUUCAAAGUGCUGACACUGGAGACUCCUUCCAUAAGCAUUAAAUAAACAUCUCCUUACCAUAUCAGUAAGUCAUGCUGUUAUAGAAAAUGAAUUGACACCUUUUGCCCAA